AGAUCAGCAACGAUACUCAGGAUCGCCGCUGAUCUCUGUUUCAUAAAAGGACACCUAUGUAACAAGAUCAGUUCCUCUCACCAUGUCCUGGAAAGCCGAUGCCACUGGUGCAGGGGCGGACUGACCAUUUGGAAACUCGGGCACUGCCCGAGGGCCCAGGGUCAGUAGGGGGCCCCAUGAGAUGCCCCUGGUACCUUUUUCAUAGGCUUUUUUGAGUUUGGGCAAGGACACAGGGGCCCCAUGAUCCCCUAUUGCCCGGGGGCCCCAU